AUGAGCUCGGCACGGUCGAUACAACUCGGGCGUGCCUCCCCGCUGCACACCUCAGGUGCGUUCUACGUCUCCAGAAAUUGUGGAACCGAUGCACACCAGCGGCAUCGUAGCCGCGUUGACACCUUCUCCCACUCUCGAGGCACCGCUGGCGUUGCUGCGCAGCCCGCGAGGCAGCUCAAAAAGUCACGCCCCCUUCUUCUGCGCACAUCCCUUCUGGAGCAGCUGCAAGACGCGGGAGGCAGCAUCGGCAGCAGCGAUGGUACAAGUGCGGCCCAAGAGCGUAACACAACCGCCGAAAGCCUCGAUACCGUCGUUGCGUCUCCUCAGCACAGCAGCGCACACGAAAACGCGGCCAGCCCCUAUGUGACCUCGUCGCAGCUCCUCUCGGCGCAACAACGAACGGAAGUCAACGCUCGCAACUCUGCCGCACGCCACUGUCGCGCCACGAGCGAUGCUGCACCAUCGUCGGUGUCGGCAGUCGCGUCUCUCCAGCUGCACGCGCAGCAGCGUGCCUUGCGGGAUGCCUUCACGCACGCCCGGCAGCACCACAACGUGAAAUUAAAGAAAGACCCUCGUGUCUAUCACGCAGAACGCAAGGCCUUCCGUCAGGCCCAUCAAGGGCGGCUGCCAACGGUGCAGGAGGUAAGCCCCACCGUGGCCGUUCCUCUCGCCCCGGUUAGCGCCCUAAAGACGCUCGCCCACGCCGACCCAAGUCGAUCCCUGUUGCAUCGCGCCGCCGAAGACGCCGUCCUCCUGCACAACGCGGUUGUCAAGAACGAGCUGGUGAAGAGCAGUGCACCGCAGCUGGUGCGCUGCCUCCGCUGCUUCCACGUCUACGCCGCCCGUCCACGCACCUUGUGGGGGGGCGAGGUGGAGCAGAGCGGGAUUGAGUACGAAAAGGCACAGGCGCAGCUGGCGGCGGACAGGCAGCUGCAGCGCGGGCCGUGGCGGCGCAAGCGUCUUGCGAGCGUUGGACGUCGUCAGCAGGCGCGGCAGGAUGACCCAACGUGCUGUCCACAGUGCGGCAGUCCGCGUGCGCAGUGGAUGAUGGAGUACGUCCACCACCACUCUCACGAAAAAAGCGUGAUGAAGCACGAUGACGAACGGGGGAAAGGGGAGGACUGGGGCUGA